CAGAUGUUCCCCCCUGCCUGGCCUCCUCAAUGGAAGCCAAGACCCACCAAGAACUGCCCCCAUGCCCCAUUUCCCCAGCUCCAUCCCCUAAGGAGGCUCCACCUGCUCUAGACGAACCGCCACCAGCCCAGACAUCUUCUGAACCCGAGGUCCCUGAAGACACUCCGCUCCUCCACCUUUUCAAAAAACAGGAGACCACCGCCAUUUGUGGGGAGACAGAUGAAGAGGCAGUGGAGAAUGUUGGGGAGGAGAUUUUCCAAGAGCAGGACAAAUUUGUCCCAAGUCUGGAGGAUGUCCAGGCCCUCAAGAAACCAAUGGGAAGCCCAUUUCCUAAAAAACGAAGAGGAAGACCAAAAGGAAAGCACAAACAAGAGUCCUCUCAAGGCAGCUCAGAAG